CUUCUUUCCUCCAGAAAACCUUUCCGAGACAAGCCCGCCUCCCCCCUUUCGGAACAGUAAAGCAUCCUCAAAGUCCUCUUUUUCUCGUUUUCUUCACUGAAUAAUGAUCUUCUCUACGCAGUCCAAUUCAAACUUUCGCUACAUAUAGUGAUAUACGUACACAUUCAAAUGGCUUCUCUGUCUGUAUCUUCAUCGAUGGAAGCAAUUUCGAGCUCCAUUUUGCAUAUUCCGAAGCUCUACGAGUCUGUAUCUGCAAUUCAAUCUAUCAAAACAAGCAGCAAGCAUUGUGGGUCCCUGAAAAUGAACUUGAGUUUACCUAAAAAGGCGAAUUUAGAUUUUGGGUUUCGAGUUUUCGCGGUUGGGAGUGAAAUAUCGGACGAAGGCAAUGAUAAAGAAGAGAUCGUACCAGAGAAUGAUAAUGGCGGAUUCAGUUUAGUUACUGAACAAGGUGUGUCUUUAUCUCAGGGUAAUUUAGAUUUCAAACAAAGUAGUGAAAAAAAUGCGGACACAACAUCGAGUGUGACAACACCUCCUCUUGUGCUCUCAUAUGGAAAUACAACAGGGGGAGGAGGUACAAGGGCAGGGCUUUUCAGAACGCCAAUAUCUGGUGGAGUACAGAGUGCAACUUCUGCUCACGGCUUGCCCAGACCAGCCUUAGCAGUUCGGAAUUUAAUGGAACAGGCUAGGUUUGCUCACUUGUGUACUGUGAUGUCCCGGAUGCACCAUCAUCGGGAAGGCUAUCCAUUUGGUUCACUCGUAGAUUUCGCGCCAGAUCCCAUGGGGCAUCCGAUAUUUUCAUUUUCACCACUGGCUAUACAUACAAGAAAUUUGUUAGCUGAUCCAAGAUGCACUCUAGUUGUGCAGAUUCCCGGAUGGAGUGGCUUAUCAAAUGCAAGGGUAACAAUCUUUGGUGAUGUAUACCCUCUUCAUGAAGAUCAGCAGGAAUGGGCUCAUAAGCAGUAUAUAGCAAAGCAUCAACAAGGACCUUCUCAGAAGUGGGGAAACUUCUACUACUUUAGGAUGCAGAACAUAAGUGACAUAUAUUUCAUUGGGGGGUUUGGAACUGUUGCUUGGAUUGAUGUUAAAGAAUAUGAGGCCCUUCAACCUGAUAAGAUUGCUGUUGACGGUGGCGAGCAAAAUUUGAAGGAACUAAACGCAAUCUUUUCAAAGCCCUUAAAAGAGCUUUUGUCCAAAGAAGCUGAGAUAGAUGAUGCUGCUCUCAUAUCAAUAGAUGGCAAGGGGAUUGACAUUCGUGUCCGUCAAGGCGCUCAGUUUAACAUCCAGAGGAUAUCGUUUGAAGAAGGGCACUUUGUUGAAACACUAGAUGAAGCUAAGGCAGCACUUUGGAAACUGAUUGAUAGAGGCCGACUGUACAACUUGCAAAAAUAAGCAGCAGUCAUGCUAAAUUUAUAAUUUUCUAAAGACUUCAGCAAUAGGUAAAAGAAUGGUGGGUUUUGAGUUUUAAAAUUUAUGCAUUCGUAACACAAUAAGAUUCUAAGAAAAUGUUGCAAAAUUUUGGAUUCCAUGUACCAGCAUAGUAACUCAAGUUUCACAACAUAAUGUAAUUUUUCUUGUAAUUUCA